UCCUUCAUAUGAAAAAAAUAGCUCUUUUUUUUUUUCUGUGGUGGUGAUAAAAUAACCAGAGAAAUUUCUCAAACCCUAAUUAUUUUUUUGUUAGAAUUUUAGAUUAGGGUUUUUGUCUCUGUUUGUAAUCUUAUUCAUGUACUUUAUUUUUCUAGAAUUUUUUUGAUUUUUUUCUUCUUCUUUUGAUGGGAAGAUUUGACUCGAUUUCACCAUUAAUCGAGCUUCGUAAAGGGUUUGGCUAAUAUUUUCUCUGUGGAAACAUCUUGUCUCCGUGGGAAGGCUGCUUUUUUGUUUUAUGAACGUUUUUUUAUUUUGUUGAAUUUCCAAUUAACAAUGAACUUGUCGAAAAAAGGUGUUUCAAACAAUGUGACUAAGUUAAGUGUGGUUCCGAAUACAAAUUUGAAUCCAAAUGCAGCAGAGUUUGUACCAUUUGCUCUUAGGUCUUCACCAGGUAGUACUAGUACUGGAGAAGUGGUGACGACCCCGAAGCUUGAAACUCCAGGAACAUCGGGAAAAGCAGUGUUGGAUAGAAGUGAGUCGACUGUUUCCGAUGAAGAGGCUCUUCAAUAUUGGCGUCGCCAGCUUCCUGAUGAUAUCACACCGGAUUUUAAUUUCGCGGGGGAUGAUGAAUUGCAGGGACCUGCGGGUCUUGCAUUCUCAUCUUUGUCGUUACUUGAUGGAAGUGAAGCAUCGAUGUUCUCUGGAUCUACUGGUAGCGGUCAGAUAUUGAGUAAGCAGCAAGAAUUAUCUUCUCACGGUUUUGAUAAGAUGAAAUAUUCUGUUUCACCUUAUGGAGUGGAAGAUCAAUCAUCAGCUGGUUUUCUGAAUUUGCCAACUAAUCCUUGGGAUAAGCAAAACGUCAGCAAUGAUCAUCUUGGCAUUGGGAAGGAGGGUUUUCAAUAUAAUGGGAACGGUGGAUACUUGAAUGAUAUGCUGAGUGAAAACCCUAGUUUUGAUGGUUCUGAGGUGAAUCCUGUGGAGUAUUUGGCUCUGCAGUUCCCUGGUUUUGCUGCUGAAAGCCUUGCAGAGGUUUACUAUGCCAACGGAUGUGACAUGAACUUGACGGUUGAGAUGCUCGCCCAACUGGAGCUUCAAGUUGAUGGCGGUUUUAGUCCAAAUAUUAGCUCAAAGACACUGUCAGCACCAAACCUCACUGCCAUGGAUUUCCCUGCUCUUCCAGAGCCAGACAGUCAGAACGGUCUGCCAAAGUAUGCUGGAGAUGACACUCAACAAAAUCCAAAUCCUUACAGAUCAGCGGACAAAGAAAAUCUUCUCCUUUUUAGGACCAGCUCCUUCGGUGCACCUAGAGGCGCUAUAGAUUUUGCAUCAGCUGUCAAGAAAUUGGCAGCUCAGGAUUCUGGUCAAUGGAAGUACGAGAAAAAUGGUUCAGCCAGUGCUACGAUUGGUUCAAGUAGAAGUUCUCAUGUUUUAGCCAGCUCCUACAGUGGUGGGCAUGGAAAACCCACAUAUGGGGAUAGGUUGCAAAACUACGGUUCAGCUCGGGGAGCUCCUGCUUGGCUUGAGACGGGAGAUUCAGUGGCGAAUUUGUAUUCAGAAUCCAGGGAAGCUGCUCGUGAUCAUGCACGCCUCCGUAAUGCGUACUUUGAGCAGGCACGGCAGGCGUAUCUCAUAGGCAACAAGGCUCUAGCUAAAGACUUGAGUGUCAAAGGGCAGCUACACAACAUGCAUAUGAAGGCAGCUCAUGAGAAAGCACAAGAAUCCAUCUACCGCCAAAGGAAUCCCGAUAUCCAGGCAUAUGGAAGAGGACAGGAGCGGAUGAUUGACCUUCACGGGUUGCACGUUAGUGAGGCCAUCCACAGGCUGAGAAGUGAGCUAAACGUACUGAGGAGUGCAGCAAGAAAUGCAGAUCAACCGCUACAGGUAUAUAUUUGUGUUGGAACAGGCCAUCACACGAAGGGAUCUCGCACUCCAGCAAGGUUGCCUGUUGCCGUGGAACAAUACCUUUUGCAAGAGGAAGGUCUCGAUUACACUGAACCUCAACCAGGGCUUCUUCGAGUUGUGAUAUAUUGAUGUUCAGAAGAAAAUAAAAACAACCAAAAAAAAAAAACUCAAAACUUUGUACAAGGUAUACGAAGAUUUACAACACGUUCAAAACCCAUCAUAGUCACCACCUCACCAUUUAUCUUCAUCUUCAUUCUUGUAUGUGUAUACAGUAGUCGACGAGAAAUAGAGGAAGAAUCAAAGCCUGUCAGAAAAAAAUUACAAAAAAAAAAUAUGAAGAGAAGAUGAGGAAUGUGGAGAGGAAUAUUUAAGGGAAAAAAAAAGAAGGAAAAUUGUGUAUGUUAACAUGGUGACAAUCACAGUCACAUUUUGGAAGUUCUUAGCAGCAGCAAGGAAGGCUUAGUAGAAGCUGUUUUUUGUUAAUUUGAAUUCCUGUACUUUUGUGCUAUAUUUUUUUGUUAGAAUUCUUUUUUUUAUUCUUAGUCUCAAUGUAACAAUAGAUUUAUACAUGAUAGACCCAAUUUACUAGUG